AUGGAUGCCAAAGCAAUCGAGGCCAAGGCCAAGGCCUUGACGAAGGCUGCGUCACAAAAGGAGACGGCAACGGUGAUCCUGGGCAUGCUGAAGGACCUGCAAAACGGUGUGCGGGCAUCAGAGGAUCUGUUGAGAUCGACUCGCAUCGGUAUCAUUGUCAACAAAUUUAAGCAGCACUCGUCUAAGGAAGUCGCACAGCUGUCGGGCGAGAUCGUCUCCAAAUGGCGGAACGAAGUCAAUAAGCAGAAGCAGGGUGGAUCAGCCGCAAGCCGAGGAUCCAGCGGAUCUCCCCGGCCGGCGAACGGCACUGGCGCAUCAACACCGGCGGGAGCGACACCAUCUGAUAAGGCAUCGAAGCUGUCAGUCCCACCAGACAAGCGGACAUGGAAGGCAGAUGGUGUGGACGUCAACCAGCUCGGAAACGCCGUCCGUGAUAGCUGCACGGGUUUGAUGUACGAUGGGCUGUGUUUGGGCUCGACAGAGUCGCCUAAGGUUGUGCUGGCAAAGGCGCGCGAAGUGGAAGCUGCUGCAUACGACCACCUGGGUCCUGAGACCAAGCCGGAAUACAAGCAGAAGAUGCGCAGUCUGUUCCAGAACCUGAAGAAUAAAUCGAAUGCCUUACUGCGAGUGCGCGUUGUUUCCGGCGAAAUCACGGCGCACAAGUUUGUGCGUAUGACUAGUGACGAGCUGCGCUCUGAAGAGCAGCGCGAGAAGGACGAGAAACUCAAAAAGCAGAACAUGGACAAUGCCAUGGUUCCCCAGCAGGAGCGCAGUAUCAGUACCAGUCUGCAGUGCGGAAAGUGCGGUCAGCGCAAGGUUACCUACACCGAGGCUCAGACUCGCAGUGCUGAUGAACCGAUGACUCUGUUCUGUACAUGCAUGAACUGCGGCAAGUCCUGGCGGCAGUGA